GUUCGGCCGAGAUCGACAGUUCACCAUGCAGUGGCUCCUACCCGUUAUCCUUUGCCUGUGGGCCUUCGGUCCACUUCAGAUCGAGUCUCGCCAGAUCAGGAUCAAUCGCUACGCGGUCAGUGUACAGGAGGAUCAGGCGGUCGAGGUGAAGGCGGCUCCCUAUCCUCCGGCGGGAUUCCGGCCACAAGGUCGCGCCUUCUGGUUGCCCGGCGAAGUGGAAGUCGAGGUUCAGGAAGUGCCCGCGGAAGGUUCGGGCUGGCAGGAGGAGCAGCUGACUACCACAACCGAGCUGCCACUGGAGGAUCUGCCGACCAGCACCACGGAAUCAUCUGCAGACUGGAGCACCACCACCACUGCCUGGGACUCCCUGGACACCACCACAGCUCCUCCACUUCCAGUAGCUGAGUCCCGAUCGAGUAAGGCCCUUGAGAAGGCUCCCUAUCCACCAGCUGGCUUCCGCCCGAGUCGCGCCUUCCGCCUGCCCACCGAGCAGAAUCUGGAGGAGCCGGAGCAGAUCUCCGCCAGCAACUCGACCGACAGCAAUGCCGACCAUCCGGUCUGCGGGGUCAGCACGGAUCCCCUGAAACCCACGCCGGAGCCAGGAUCCAAGGACGAACCCGAUGCGGAGAGCGUGGUCUUCACUGCCAAUGUGGGGCCUGCGGUUCUCGUGGCCAGAGCCCCGUCCUCCAUUCCGGUGGCCAUUCCCCUGCGAUCGCAACCUCUGGUUCAGGCUCCCCGAUCCCGGGGAUUCGUUUACACCACGCACGUGGAGCAGCGGUGGUGAGAGCCCCGGUCUGAGCCUUAUUUUAAUCCUUGUUAACAGUUCAGUAUUUGUAGUUUCUGUGUGUGCAAAUAAAUGUUUUUAAUUGUUAUUUACCUUCAAGUC